GUUGCGUGGCAAAGCACUAAAUACAGUGUUAUGAAUAGGAUCGAAUAGUUACACAGCAUAGCACGGAGGCAGAUUGGGGAAAAAUAUCUGGCAACCAAGACUAAACUAACACUAACUCACCCAAACUCUGGAAAAUCAAGGUGAGAGAGAGAGAGAGAGAGAGAGAGAGAGUGUGUGUGUGUGUGUGUGUGUGUGUGUGUGUGUGUGUGUGUGUGUGUGUGUGUGUGUGUGUGGGUGUGGGUGUGGGUGUUGGUGUGGGUGUGUGUAUCCCCCGAGGCUCCUAAGUAAACCCCAAGACGACCACACGACCACAGUACUCCCUUUCAUCGUCUCUGUUUGCUUCCCUCCCGUCGUUUGCAAGACAGUGCGACACACAACGUUUGCGAACACUGCAUACCGAAUUACACUCCGCCAAAACAAUUAGUCCUUCAUGUUGAGGAAAUAACAAGAGAUUUACCUUCCCUUUAGGUUCUUAUUACCUUUAUAGUCUAUUUUCUGAGAUACAUUUUUCUUUCAUCUUUUUUUUUUAGGGACUGGCAUCUCAGUAGGCCUUCAUAUAGUUAUUAUUGUUGUUGUUGUUCUUACAUAAGCCAGUGUUGAAUUGAAUGAUGUAGAUAAAUAAAGCAGCUAAAAAGAUGUUAUUCUUUUUUAAACAUUUCUGGUGUGGUUCAGAGAAUAUUUUCUAUCACUUUUAUGAAUUAUUUGGAUAUAUUUACGCUUCUGUUAAAUGUGAAGUAGCUUAAUUUGUACAUUUCUAUGACAAAAUUGCAAUUGAGGUUUAUGAACUGAUUAUCAUGAAAGCGAAAGACGUCACACUCUUCUUACUGCUGACACACAUGCGGCAGUGCAAUUGUUUUGGCUUAUUAGUAACACUGGCCAGACUGUCGACCUCAGGCGCAAAUACUUAUUCAUGACGGCCACUCUGCUUCAAGACUUUAUACAGCCUGACACAGACUCCUCUUUGUAUCUUUUCUUUUCUUUUUUUUCUUUUUGCCGCUUUUGUCUAUCAGAACGCAUCUCAGUACUAAAUACAAAAAGAAUUCCUCUGCUUACAAAAAUAAUUUACACCACUUGAAUAUUUUUUAUUUCUCUUCCACUUAUUUGCCUUCAUUUGCAUAACUCCUAACGUUAUUGUUGCAUUUCUCAUUUGCAUAUUAUUCUGCCUUUAUUCUCCUCUUCCCUUUUACAUGUGUUACGUAUUUCUUACACCACUCUCUCACCUCAGUCUGUCUCGCCACCACCUGGCCCUGCAGAUCAACCCUCGGGCACAGGCCUGGCGAAACCACAAAGGAAUCGCGUCUUUUGAUACUGCCGAGGAAGCUUAUUCAGUUCCUAGGUCAGGAAUCGAGCCCGAGGCAGACGCCCACCUCUCCGCUGCCUCCUCACCACACCAACGAGAUCUUAAAUUCUAUCUCAACAAAAAGUAUAAAGCGCGGCUGUUACAGGACAGAGGCCACGCCCAGGAGAGGUGGUCCAUCUGACAGGACAACUGGGGUAUAUAAAAGGCUGACCCAAGCUGACCAUGACCAGAAAAGGACAGACUUCAGCACGAAAAGCUUCUCUCAUCUCAGCGCUCACACGUUCAGACACACAAACCUUCGAUCACACAGGCGGCAGGAUGAGGUCAGCGGUACACGUGGUGGUGGUGGUGUUGGUCAUGGCUGCCCUCACCACCACAGUUCUCUCCUACCCCGCGUGGAUUAGCGACAUCGCCAGUAGAGAACAGGAGGACGGCGAGGUGAGGGUGGUGCCUGUCGUGAUGGUCGCCCUGCCACACCGCCCUCCCUACCACGCCCUUCCUCGCACAGACCAAGCACACAAACGCAACGCUGAGCUCCUCAACACCCUGCUGGGCUCUCAAGAUCUCGGAAACAUGAGGAACGCUGGCAGACGCUAAUUCAGUGCUGGACCGAGGCUGGAGUUCCGCGAGGCACCGUGUAUGUAUCCGCUAUCCCUAAGAGCCCGGCACAUCAUCCCUGCCUGGGUUAUUGAUGCCAGAUUAAAUACAAGAUCAGAACUUCGUAGAUAUUGAUAGCCAGACAUAUUUUGAAGUAUCAUGGAAAUCUGACCACCAUAUCUUUCCUGCUUGAAUCAUCCAUGUUCCAAAAUGAAUACGAGAUCGGGACUUCCUGACUUCCUGAGUUUUGGUAAUAGGACAUUGCUUCGAUAUGAAAACUUGUAAAAUUAAGCGUCGUUACACAAAUAGUCGAUCUGCAAACUCCAUGUAAGCACCAGCAAUGUUAGCAAAUAAUAUCCACCUCUCAUGACCUUUGAGAACUGAGUGAUCGAUUGGCAGCACUGGUUUAUCAUUUGUGUCAUGAUCUGGGUGUUAUGAUUUUAAAGUGUGCGGUUGUAUUGACUCCCACUCCCUCUCCCCUGCUGGGCUCAGACGCACGUGUACGAGCAAUAAAGAGGAGAGAUCUGUUUUCUGUUAUAGGGUUUGUGGUGCGUGUGGGACGUGACUUGUGUGGCUUGAUGGGAAUAAACAUAAUGGGCUUUUCAU